AUGGCCCGCUGCGGCGACAGAGACAUCGUGACGGCGGCAAUGUCGCGGCAGCCUUGGCGCCGCCGCCACGGAUGGCAGCUCCCCCUACACCCGCUUCAGCUGGUGGCCGCGUCAGUGUUCGCGCUUCUCGUCGCCGCCUUCUACGUCGUCCUGGGGCCCUACAUCGGCAACACCCUCGCCGGCAAUAUCCUCCUCGGCACCUUCUCCUUCUCGGCCGCGGCAGCGGCGGUGCUCUACGUGCGCUGCACGGCGGUGGACCCGUCCGACCGGACUGAUGCGAAGAAGACCAAGCGGCGGCGGCAGCUCGCGCGGGGCGGCGGGACCACGGCGAAGCUGCCGCGGCUGCGGUAUGGCUACAUCCUGUGGCGCUACGCGGUGCGGUUGCUGCGGCGGGUUGAGGCUCGGGUCACCAACCGCUGGGUGCGGCGGAGCUACCUUGAGCAGUGGAACACCAGCGUUCAGCUCGAUCCCAUGCUCCCCUUCGCCUUCACCAGCCUCGAUGACAUUGUCUCGCCAUGCGCCACUGCCGAUGGGCACGACAUCUCCUUCUGCCCCAUCUGCGACUGCGAGUGGCUAAACAAUUGCAUUGGAAGAAGGAACUAUGCAACAUUUAUUCUGCUUAUGUUCUUUGUCCUGCUGAUGCUUGUAAUUGAGGGAGGAACAGCAAUUGCGAUCUUCAUCCGCUGCUUUGUCGACAGCAAAGGGGUGAAAAUGGAAAUGGAGCACAGACUGCACAUGAGGCUCCCAAAAGGAGCUCAUGCAGCACUAUCGAUGGCUUUUGUCAUCUUCACAUUGUACAGCACUGCAGCGCUGGGCCAGCUCUUCUUUUUCCACAUGGUGCUCAUUAGAAAGGGCAUGAGGACCUACGACUACAUUCUUGCGAUGAAGGAAGCAGGAGCAGCAUUUGACCCAUUCGAAGACUCCGACUCUGACGAGAGCAUCGACUUUGACUCACCAGAGAAGCCAUCUUUCUUUUCAAGGGUUUUUUGCAGAAAAGAUGAAGUGAAUGAAAGUGCUCGGAAGCUUCAGGAAGUCAGGAUCGAGAGCGACCAAAUGGAUGCUUCAGGAAGGAAGGAUGACAUCCAGAUCAACCCAUGGACAUUGAUCAAGAUGAGCAAGGAGAAGGCGAUGGCAGCCGCUGAGCGCGCACGCGAGCGAAUCAGACAGAAGCUGCCAACAUCACCGAUGAAACCACUGCCGGUGGAGACAAAGCGAGGCCCUCUGAACCCAGAGAGAAAACACAUCACAACUGGGAAAGAGAUCGUACCGGUCUUCACCAAGAGCUGGCUGUCGGUGUCGCCCACAGCAAGGAUCUCGACCCCCAGGAGGCGAUUCUCAGGGUCAUCGUCGCCUAAGCCGCAGAGGUACAGAAGCAACUUCGACCUGAGGCUCGCCGAGGUGUCGAGGGAUCUGGAGACCCACAUCUCGAAGCAGGUGCUAUGCUCCAUCGUCAUGAAGGGUGUCGAGGACGAAGGCUAUUCGUCGUAA